GGCAUAUAUUAUCCCUUUCCUAAUUCUUCGUCGCUAAGCUUUGGCCUUUGCUCCUUUUAUAAGAAUCAAAGCAAAUGGUGAAGACGGCUUCAUCAAUCUCGCUUCUCAUUCUCCUCCUCACAUUCUCAAUCGCCAUGGCCGACUCUUCUUCCUCCUCUGCUCCCCUCAAUUCGGAAUCCGCUGUCCACAUCGUUUACACCGAGAAGCCGCAGCAAAAUGAGGAGCCUGAGGCCUAUCACAUCCGAACCCUAGCCUCCGUCCUCGGCAGUGAGGAGGCUGCAAAGGACGCUCUGGUUUACAGUUACAAGACGGCUGCCAGUGGAUUCUCUGCUAAGCUCACUCCUCAACAGGUGGCCGAAAUCUCGAAACAACCUGGGGUUCUUCAGGUCGUACCAAGCAGGACACUCCAACUGCAUUCAGGAUCUGGGAUUGGGAAGCUGCAUUAGAUGGAACUGAGCUCCAUACCAUAUGAAAUGUUUUUCAAAACGUUAUCUGGGUUUUAUGUAUAAUCAGAAUUGACUUGUUUACUCUUGGCAUGCUUUGCCUUUGCCGUAUUAAGGUCUUUAAGUUGACGUUUAAAACUGCCCCCUCAUGUAACUUUCCUAUAUAUACAAUAUAUAAGUUUGACUUUA